GGCUCCGCUGCAGGUUGCGGGCUGCGGGCGCUAGGCUGCCCCGGGGAGGCGCUGCGGGCCGGCGGCCCAGGCACGGCGCGGCGGCGAGACUGCAGGAGACACGGGGAAGAGACAGAGAGGAGGGUAGAGUGAGAAUCCUGCCUGCACCACAGGUCUGGACUGCUAACCUUGAAUCCUGGUUUCUUAAAUUCUGCCUCCGCUUCUGACUGAGAACCACUGGAUUUUGAGGAAACUUUGGUCUUGUGGUGGUGAGAAGGUGAUGUUCUGGAAGGAAGGUGCCUAGACUUUGUGGUCCCUGCUAGGAGGUGGAGAGUGGAAAUGUGGAAUGCCUCACACUCCUCAACUAGAAUUCCCGUACUGAUUAGUCAACAGUGGAAAAUCUGAAGAGAUGCAAGCAGGAAAAAGAAAUUAAACCAGCCUUGAUCAGGUUCCAGUGAUCACUCCAGCACCCUGCAUUCUCCCUUGAAGCCCUGAGCACCAAGGCCAUGACUUAGGCCUGAGGAGCGAUGCGACAGGCAUGAUGGAGGUCGAGUCCUCCUACUCGGACUUCAUCUCCUGUGACCGGACAGGCCGUCGGAAUGCGGUCCCUGACAUCCAGGGAGACUCGGAGGCUGUGAGCGUGAGGAAGCUGGCUGGAGACAUGGGCGAGCUGGCACUCGAGGGGGCAGAAGGACAGGUGGAGGGAAGCGCCCCAGACAAGGAAGCUGGCAACCAGCCCCAGAGCAGCGAUGGGACCACCUCAUCUUGAAUCUGACCUUGUCCAAGAAGGCUGGACGAGAGACCUUCUGUCCCCUCCCAGAGGGGGAACCCUGGCACUGGCCCAGCAGCCUCUUCUCUGAGCCCCAUGUCCCAGAUAAACCAGGCCAGACUGAGAAGGCUCCCCAGAGGCCUCUGUGGCCUCCACUCCGGGAAAGCCCUCUGCCCACACCCACAGGCUCCACAUUCCCACCACCAUCUCACCGUGCCCAGGUACACUUUCAAGACACUGUAACCACAAGAUGUUAUUUAUUGAGCUGGCGCCGGGACUUGGGCGGGGCCUGCCCUACAGUGAGCAGCCCACACAGGAACGCUCCUCUCGCGAGCGGUCCGGGCAGGGACCCUGUCCCAACACCAACUCCUCCUCUCCAGCCCAAUCUUCUGGGUCCAGACCUGCUUGUCCCUUUUUUAGAAAACACUUUUAAACUUUUUAAAAAUUUUAAACCUUUUUUCAGCAGAUACGGAGAGAGCUGACAAUCAAUUCACAUUUUUUUAAGCCAUUUUAGCUAAACUCUCAUUGUGCAUCUCUGAGGUUCCCUCAUGGAGCUCCACAGAUCCAUUUUUAGGGAAGGGAUUUUGGCUCAAAACGAUCUGACCACCUCUGCCCUGUCCACGAGGAUAAAUGACACCUAGGACCCAGGAAAUAAAUGCUGAUGAUUUGUGUGA